CAUUGGAACAAUCUGUUAUGGAGGUGGAGGAGAAGAAAAUAAUGGACUAAAUUCUGUUAAAACACAAAGUCAUGUGACUUGGUUGACUUCCAUUCAACCGCUCAACAGAUGUCCAGCCGUCCUAAACCUUACAUUAUCUCAGCCUGUUUCCAUGACAACUCAUCAAAUAAUCACUGUCCUUGGCUAUGAAGUGCAUUCAGUUAUUUUCUAAUGCUUUUGAAUGCACAAAAGGUACACACAGACACACAGACACACAGACUCACAAACACACAGACUCACUGACACACAAACACACAGACUCACUGACACACAAACACACAGACACAAGAGGCAUUACCAUGACUGGAAUGGAUUGGUGGCCAGUCACAGAUUUAUAGACAGACUGAUGAGUUACAGAUUUAUAGACAGACUGAUGAGUCACAGAUUUAUAGACAGACUGACGAGUUACAGAUUUAUAGACAGACAGUAGGUCAGUACAGGUGCAUCAAAGCAGGAACCGAGAGACUGAAAAACAGCUUCUAUCUCAAGGCCAUCAGACUGUUAAACAGCCACCACUAACAUUUAGUGGCCGCUGCCAACAUACUGACUCAGCUCCAGCCACUGGGAAUUGAUGGAAAUUAUGUAAAAAGGUACCACUAGCCACUUUAAACAAUGCCACUUAAUAUAAUGUUUACAUACCCUACAUUACCCAUCUCAUAUGUAUAUGUAUAUACUGUACUCUAUAUCAUCUACUGCAUCUUGCCAUCUUUAUGUAAUACAUGUACCACUAGCCACUUUAAACUAUGCCACUUUAUGUUUACAUACCCUACAUUACUCAUCUCAUAUGUAUAGACUGUUCACUAUACCAUCUACUGCAUCUUGCCUAUGCCGUUCUGUACCAUCACUCGUUCAUAUAUCUUUAUGUACAUAUUCUUUAUCCCUUUACACUUGUGUGUAUAAGGUAGUAGUUGUGGAAUUGUUAGGUUAGAUUACUUGUUGGUUAUUACUGCAUUGUCGGAACUAGAAGCACAAGCAUUUCGCUACGCUCGCAUCAACAUCUGCUAACCAUGUGAAUAUGACAAAUACAAUUUGAUUUGAUUUGCCUGAUGAGUUACAGAUUUAUAGACAGACUGAUGAGGUACAGAUUUAUAGACAGACUGACGAGUUACAGAUUUAUAGACAGACUGACGAGUUACAGAUUUAUAGACAGACUGACGAGUUACAGAUUUAUAGACAGACUGAUGAGGUACAGAUUUAUAGACAGACUGAUGAGUUACAGAUUUAUAGACAGACAGUAGGUCAGUACAGAUAAAUGUAAAUGUAAAUGUAAAUCCAUCCAUCCAACAUCCAUCCAACAUCCAUCCAUCCAACAUCCAUCCAUCCAACAUCCAUCCAUCCAACAUCCAUCCAUCCAUCCAACAUCCAUCCAUCCAUCCAACAUCCAUCCAUUUACAUUUACAUUUAAGUCAUUUAGUAGACGCUCUUAUCCAGAGCGACUUACAAGUACAUACAUUCAUACUUUUUUGUACUGGUCCCCCAUGGGAAUCGAACCCACAACCCUGACGUUGCAGGCGCCAUGCUCUACCAACUGAGCCACACGGGGCCAUCCAUCCAUCCAACAUCCAUCCAACAUCCAUCCAUCAAUCAAUCCAUCAUCCAUCCAUUCAUCCAACAUCCAUCCAACAUCCAUCCAUCCAUCCAUCCAACAUCCAUCCAUCCAACAUACUUCCAACAUCCAUCCAACAUCCAUCCAUCCAUCCAACAUACUUCCAACAUCCAUCCAUCAAUCAAUCCAUCAUCCAUCCAUUCAUCCAACAUCCAUCCAACAUCCAUCCAUCCAUCCAUCCAACAUCCAUCCAUCCAACAUACUUCCAACAUCCAUCCAACAUCCAUCCAUCCAUCCAACAUACUUCCAACAUCCAUCCAACAUCCAUCCAUCCAUCAUACUUCCAACAUCCAUCCAACAUCCAUCCAUCCAUCCAACAUCCAUCCAUCCAACAUACUUCCAACAUCCAUCCAUCCAUCCAACAUCCAUCCAUCCAACAUCCAUCCAUCCAACAUCCAUCCAACAUCCAUCCAUCCAACAUCCAUCCAUUUACAUUUACAUUUAAGUCAUUUAGCAGACGCUCUUAUCCAGAGCGACUUACAAGUACAUACAUUCAUACUUUUUUGUACUGGUCCCCCGUGGGAAUCGAACCCACAACCCUGACGUUGCAGGCGCCAUGCUCUACCAACUGAGCCACACGGGACCAUCCAUCCAUCCAACAUCCAUCCAUCCAUCAAUCCAUCAUCCAUCCAUUCAUCCAACAUCCAUCCAUCCAUCCAACAUCCAUCCAUCUAUCCAUCCAACAUCCAUCCAUCCAUCCAACAUCCAUCCAUUCAUCCAACAUCCAUCCAUCCAACAUCCAUCCAUCAUCCAUCCAUUCAUCCAACAUCCAACAUCCAUCCAACAUCAAUCCAUCAUCCAUCCAUUCAUCCAACAUCCAUCCAACAUCCAUCCAUCCAUCCAACAUCCAUCCAUCCAUCAAUUCAUCAUCCAUCCAUUCCUCCAACAUCCAUCCAACAUCCAUCCAACAUCCAUCAAUCCAUCAUCCAUCCAUUCAUCCAUCAUCCAUCCAUCCAUCCAACAUCCAUCCAUCAUCCAUCCAUUCAUCCAACAUCCAUCCAACAUCCAUCCAUCAAUCCAUCAUCCAUCCAUCCAUCCAUCAAUCCAUCAUCCAUCCAUUCAUCCAACAUCCAUCCAUCCAUCCAACAUCCAUCCAUCCAUCCAACAUCCAUCCAUCCAACAUCCAUCCAUCCAUCAUCCAUCCAUCCAUCCAACAUCCAUCCAACAUCCAUCCAUCCAACAUCCAUCCAUCCAUCCAACAUCCAUCCAUCCAUCCAUCCAACAUCCAUCCAUCCAUCCAACAUCCAUCCAACAUCCAUCCAAUAUCAUCCAUCCAUUCUUCCUUCCUUCCAUCCAACAUCCAUCCAUCCAACAUCCAUCCAACAUCCUUCCAUCCAUCAUCCAUCCAUCCAUCCUCAGCUUCUGUGUGAAUUUAGAGUGUUUGAGCAAGGAGCCAUCUUUCACAGUAUAAUCAUCAUUGUGGCUGCUUUAUUUAUUGAUGUAUCUUUGUGUGGUCUUUGUUGCGGUGCCCGAGGGUCCAGAACAGGUUUGUUAAAUCUCUGUGUAUUCUUUGUUGCGGUGCCCGAGGGGCCAGAACAGGUUUGAUAAAUCUCUGUGUAUUCUUUGUUGCGG